UUUUAUACUUAAUUUAAGCCUACUUCAGGUAAACUGGUAAAGCAAGUCACGACAUAUUUUUUAUUGAUUAAAUAUUUCUACGAAAUUAUAACAUAAAAUAAAAAUCUGUAACCGCGUUGCCAAUUUGCCGUACUCCAUUGAAGAAGUUGAUCAGAAUUCAGAACACGAGAGACUAUGGAGGCCAAGAUCAAUCAAUUCUUCGAGUCUGUCACUAGUUUCUUCGGCGGCGGAGAUCAAAUCCCUUGGUCGACCCCUGAUGUUGUUCGAGGCUGUGAGCGAGAAAUUGUGGAGGCCAAAAAAGAGGGCUCGGAUGAUAGGGUAAAUGAAGGUAUUAUGCGGCUGUCAUGGGCUCUCGUACAUUCAAAACAACCUGAAGAUGUUCAACGAGGGAUAGCCAUGCUCGAAGCUUCACUAACCAACACGAAUAGCCCCUUGCAAAAAAGAGAGAAACUUUAUCUGCUGGCUGUUGGAUAUUACAGAAGUGGAAACUAUGCAAGAAGCAGGCAGAUCCUAGAUCAGUGCUUGGAGAUUGCGCCUGACUGGAGGCAAGCUCUUUCUCUGAAGAAAGCUGUGGAGGAUCGAAUCACUAAAGAUGGUGUUGUUGGAAUUGGCAUCACUGCAACUGCUAUUGGGCUUCUAGCCGGAGGAAUAGCAGCUGCAUUGGCUCGAAAAAAUUGAUAAUUGUGACGUCAGAAUUCAAGAAAAAGGAGCAUAUUUUCUUGUCAUAGCAUUAUAUUAUCAAUGUCUUGAAAAAAGAGCUCUUUUUUUUUUAAUCAGUUUUUGUGGUAUACUUGUGCCUUUGCUUUUGUUUGAAAGUGCUGCUGAUUGGUGCAUAUAAAGAGAUUUUUUUCCCAGAACCUUUGUAAUCCAUUUAAUGAUAAUAAGC